UAAUACGUGUCUUUUACUUGCAGACAUCUACUGAAACGGCAUCGAUCUCAUCUUCAAUGAAUGAUAUGACACAAAUAACGAAUAGGCUGUUUCCUCACCUGACAGAGUACAAUAUUGACAAUAGGAAUGUCAUAAAUCAGGACUACAAGUUUUACAAGCAAGGUUAUAAUUAUACGCCAAAUUAUUACUAUCAAACGAGCGACAAUGCCACCUCUGCCCUCGCUUCUGCCAUGUCUCCCAAGCCAGCAUGUCAGGAAAACUUUACAUACGAGCCAUUCUCGUAUACUCUGCCAAGCACAACGAUCUACCAAUACCAGAAUACCACUCCUUAUAAAGACAGUUGUCAACCCUUGAUGUCAUACAGCAAUACACAUACAGCAAUGCCAAAGCCCGAGAUGAUGACCGGCAUGUCGUUAAUGCAGAACCAUCCUAACCACCAGAUCGCAACAGAUCGUUCAAUCGACCAAUAUUAUCACUCAUUAAACUCGAAUCGGUUACAAGAGUUAACGGAAACAGCGGGACACUCUCAUCGAUACAUGUUAGAAGGUAAUUUCUAUCAUUCGCCAAUGGAGACUUUGAAUUCUCAACUUCCAGGCUUCGUACUCUGGCCCAGGAAAUCCAACCCCAAUAAAUCCAGCAGGAAGAGAUGCGAGUGUCCUAAUUGCGUUGCCAAAGACGACGAAGCCCCGAUUAACAGCGACGGCAAACGGCAACACAUAUGUCACAUACCGGGAUGUACAAAGGUAUACGGCAAGUCGUCGCAUCUCAAGGCGCAUAUCAGAUCGCACACCAACGAACGGCCGUAUCACUGUAGGUGGCCUCACUGUGAUAGAAAAUUCACUCGCAGUGACGAGCUGCAGCGUCACGUUCGCACGCACACCGGCGAAAGGAAGCAUAUCUGCGACAAAUGCCAUAAAAAGUUUAUGAGAAGUGAUCAUCUCAACAAGCACGCGAAGACACACGAGAAGGAAAAUAAUAAAUCUCGUGCGAUCGAGACUGACACGAAAAAGGGCAAUUUACUUGAAAACACCUCCGCCGAAAUGUCAGAUCCCUCAGCUACUGCUUUAGAAUAUCGUAAGCCGUGUGCUUAUUUGUGAUAUUUUGACGAAAUUGGAUUUCAUCCAAAUUUCUUAACAAUUAUACAUUUUAUGCAAA